AUGGCAUCCGCGGAAGUGAUCCCCGCGGUGAUUAUCGGCGCGGGGCGCGUGGGGCAGGCGCUGGAGAAGAUGGGCGGAGGGCGGGACGUGGUGGUGCGGCGGGGGGAGAAAGUCCCCGAACGGGGGGAGGGGCCGAUUAUCGUGUGCACGCGGAAUGAUGCUCUUGACGCCGUUGUUGAUGCUGUGCCGGAAUCCAGGCGACAAGACCUGGUGUUCAUUCAGAAUGGCAUGCUCGACCCGUGGCUCGCCUCAAGAGGCCUACAGGACGCCACGCAGGUGCUCGUGUAUUUCGCCGUCGCCAAGGCGGGCGACCCGCCUCUGGAUGGCAUCACGGACGUCAAUCCCGAGGGGCUCACGGCUGCCACUGGCAAGUGGGCGGAUGCUGUAGCUACAAGGCUGAAAUCGGCUGGUCUAAGCUGCAAGGUGCUCUCUCUGUCAGCCUUUCGCCGGCCACAGCUGGAGAAGCUGAUGUGGAUCUGUGCGUUCAUGCUGGUGGGAGCGAGGAACGGCGGUGUGACCGUGGGGGAGGUGGAGAGCCAACACAGGGAGGCCGUGACUCUGCUUAUCAAUGAGCUUGCGGCUGCUGCUGUGGCAGCUGGGGCUGUGGAUGGGUUUGACGAGGGGCUGGUGGAUCGGCUCUGUGCUUAUGCUCGCUCCGUGGCACACUUCCCCACAGCUGUUAAAGAGUUUGAGUGGCGCAACGGCUGGUUCCACAACAUGUCAAAAGCUGCAGUGGCAGCAGGCAAGCCGGACCCUUGCCCUCUGCACUCUGCUUGGCUGGCGGAGUUGGGAGCUGCCCCUCUUCCACAAUGA